AUGGUACGGUUUGGUGAAUGUGGAAAGUUAAACCCACGGUACAUUGGUCCCUUCGAGAUUCAGGAGAGGAUCGGAACUGUUGCAUACAAGCUGAAACUUCUAGAAGAACUUAGCAGUGUUCACGACACGUUUCACCUGUCUAAUCUCAAGAAGAGUCCAACUCAAGAAACAGUCGUCAUUCCCGCAAACGAGAUUCAUGUCAAUGACAAACUCCAAUUUACUGAAGAACCUAUUGAGGUUACGGACUGGAAAAUCCACAAAACACGGAGAAGUCGUAUUAAACUUGUCAAAGUCCGUUGGAAUUCACGUCAUGACCCAGAGUUUACUUGGGAGCGUGAAGACCAAAUCAUGUCAAAGUAUCCGCAUUUGUUUCACAACUCCCCUGCAACCGGUAACGCAGCUUGA